UUGGAAGCUAAGAAAGUGGUUUAAAUCAUCAUUAGGUUUACUACAAUGAGAGACAUUUUAUGAAAAUAAUAGAAGAUGUUGAUCAAGUCUGUAUUGACUUGUCUAAAAGUUCCCAAUAGCAUUUUUUUCCUGGUCAGCCGCAACGAAUUCCUCUUGUUAGGCAUUGUGUUCAAUUCCGAAAGCAUACAAGUCCGCAACAAAUCGUUUAAACGUUAUCUCGAUUACUCGAACGUUCCUAAGCUGGAUGAGAUCGAUCUGGAGGAGCAAUUCAUCCGAGGUAGUGGUCCAGGUGGCCAAGCGACGAACAAGACGAACAAUGCAGUCCUGUUAAAGCACAAGCCCACGGGACUUGUCGUCAAGUGUCACGAGACAAGGAGUCAGUGGGAUAACAAGAAACGCGCGCGUGAAAUCUUAGUGACAAAGCUUGACAACUUGCUGAACAAGGAACGCUCCAUUGAAGCUCAGAUACAUGCUCUUGAGAAAAAAGAGCAGGCGCGAAAAGAAUAUAAGAGGAAAAAACUAAACGAAAUGAAGAAAGCGUUUCGCGAACGUGAAGGCUUGACGUGACACGAGGUUGAUCUAUGUACAUUUCUUUUAGAAUGUAAAUUGAUUUAGGGAUAAAUAAAAUUAUAUGAAGAGAUAACUUUUAAAGCACUAAAGAGAGCCAACUUAUAAA